CUUGUUUCCAUGUGUUGCUCUCGUCGGUCACGCGAGCACAAGAUACUUUUCUUAAGAUGUUUGCUUCGAUGUGAAGAAUAAAUAAGCUGGGUUAGAUUAGAUUAUCCUCUUCAUUAAGCAUGGAUACGUGAAUCCAAGUGAAGAGGCCCAACUGCCUAAGCUCUCCUCCUUCAGCUUCUGCUUCUUCUCUUCCCCUUCUCUGUCUCUCACUGAAUCGAUAUACAAAUAAGCACAGGGGAAACAAUGUCGAACCACGAAGAUGAUCUCAACGAGGGAGAUUCAUCUGCAACGUUGAAGCAAAGGUUCAGCGACCAAACUAAGAAAGUUGCACAGACAAAGGAGAUUUUAUCUAAACAAGCUGUUCAGACCAAGGAGAUCUUAUCGAAACAAGCGGUUAAAAUAGCUAAGCAAGCGGAAGAACACGAAAGAUUUAUCAACAAAGUGACUCAUCUAAUUGGGGUUAUGGGAUUCGGUGCCUUAUGCUUCUUGCUGGGAUCGAGACCACAGGAUAUCCCAUACAUUUACUGUUUGUUCUAUGUCACCUUCGUUCCUCUCCGUUGGAUAUACUAUCGUUACAAGAAAUGGCAUUAUUAUCUUCUGGAUUUUUGCUACUACGCCAAUACAAUUUUCCUGGUCAUGCUUCUACUUUAUCCAAGAAAUGAAAAGUUUUUUAUGGUUUGCUUCUCGUUUGCAGAGGGACCAUUAGCAUGGGCAUUGAUUGUUUGGCGGUGCAGUCUGGUUUUCAGUUCCCUCGACAAAAUAGUUAGUGUCCUAAUACAUCUUUUACCUGGGAUCAUCUUCUUCGUUAUUCGAUGGUGGGAUACAGCAGCGUUUGAAGCUAUGCGUCCUGAGUGGAAUGCAGAUCACAGAGAUUCAUGGCCUUAUGUGGAAAGUAAAUCCUACCUUGGGACAUGGCUAUUUGUUGUUCCCCUAGUUGCUUACACCUUGUGGCAGGUUCUCUAUUUUCUCAUUGUUAAUGUCCUGCGCCGGCAGAGGCUAUUAAGGGAUCCUGAAGUUAUGACUUCUUACAGGGAACUCUCGAAAAAGGCACAAAAGGCAAACAACAUAUGGUGGCGUUUAAGUGGGUUGCUUGGGGAUCAAAAUCGCAUGUUCAUGUAUAUCCUGUUCCAAGCUUUAUUCACCGUCGCAACCAUGGCACUCACUGUCCCCAUAUUCUUGUCUUACAAACUUCAUGUGAUUUUCCAAAUACUCAAAGUCUCUGCAACCAUAUGGAAUGGAGGAAGCUUUCUACUUGAAGUUUUGCCUAAGCAGGUGAUUCUCAAGGAGAAGAAGAAACUGGAGAUGCACCCUAUGCCAACCCGGCCAGAUCAGACUGCCACCAAGGUUCAACAACUCGACGGGAACUAGUUACUCUGCCAAGACUGAUCAUUCAUGACAGCCGUGUACAAAUAAAGCCUUGUAAAAUCCUUUUUCACCAUUAACAUUUAACUCUUGUUUUUUGGGGUGGGUGGGUUACAAACUCUGUUCCUGAAGAUUUAAGUUUUGCUUGUACAAAUCAAUGAUAAUAUCCUCUUUCCUUUUGACCCUA